AUGGAAGUGGGAAACCAAACAGGAAUCACAGAAUUCAUCCUCUUGGGGUUCUCCGAAGACCCAGAGCUGCAGCCCAUUCUCCUCGGGCUGUUCCUGUCCAUGUACUUGGUCACAGUGCUUGGGAACCUGCUCAUCCUCCUGGCCAUCUGCUCUGAUUCCCACCUGCACACCCCCAUGUACUUCUUCCUCUCCAACCUGUCCUUUAUUGAUGUCUGUUUUAGCACCAGCAUAAUCCCCAAGAUGCUGGUGAACAUCCAGACAGAGAACAAAGCCAUCUCCUACACGGACUGCCUUACUCAGGUGUAUUUUACCAUGUUUUUCCCCAUCCUGGAUACUCUACUCCUGACUGUGAUGGCUUAUGACCGGUUUGUGGCCAUCUGUCACCCCCUGCACUACAUGGUCAUCAUGAACCCACACCUCUGCGUCCUGCUGGUUCUUGUCACUUGGUUCAUUGGUGUCAUGACAUCCCUUCUCCAUAUAUCACUAAUGACCCGUCUGACCUUCUGUAAAGAUUUUGACAUUCCACAUUUUUUCUGUGAGCUGACACAGAUCCUCAAGUUGGCCUGCUCUGAUACCUCCCUCCACAGUGCAUUGAUAUAUUUUAUGACUGGUGUGCUGGGUGUUUUCCCCCUUCUUGGAAUCCUUUUCUCUUACUCACGAAUUGCUUCAUCCAUAAGGAAGAUGUCCUCACCUGGGGGAAAGCAGAAAGCAUUUUCCACCUGUGGCUCUCACCUCUCUGUUGUUUCUUUAUUCUAUGGAACAGGCAUUGGGGUCUAUUUCACUUCUGCAGUGACUGACUCCUCCCAGAAAAUCUCAGUGGCCUCCAUGAUGUACACAGUGGUCACCCCUUUGCUGAACCCCUUCAUCUAUAGCCUAAGGAACAAAAACAUGAAAGGUGCCCUGGGAAGAAUCCUCAGCAAAGCAGCGUCUUGUCUGUGAUGUAGCUAUUGGCCCCAGAACAAAGAAGUUUUGGGAUCACCAAAUGACACAAAAAACAAACAAACAAACAAA